AUGGCGUCGACGACCACAGCAGAUCAGCGCGCCUCGCGGAAAAUUCAGACGGCGGCGUGUCUCAUUAUCGGCGAUGAAGUGUUGGGUGGAAAGGCACGUGAGGAUAUCUCAGGGGGUACGAACUCCAACUACGUGGCAAAAUGGUGCUUCGGGCUAGGGAUUAAUCUCAAACGGGUCGAGGUGAUUGAGGACGACGAAUCUGAAAUCAUCGAGGCUGUCCGCCGCAUGAGCGAGCGGUAUGACUUUGUCGUGACCAGCGGUGGUAUCGGCCCAACCCACGACGACAUCACAUACCAAUCCAUCGCCAAGGCCUUCAAUCUCCCCCUCGUCCUACACGAAGAGGCCCUUACCCUCAUGAAGAAGCUCUCCAAACCGAACCCGCACCAGCCCAACUUCCGCUGGGACCAAGAUUCGCCUGCCCGCCGCGCCCGCCUGCGCAUGAUCGAGAUGCCCACCGACGCCGCCCGUCCGCUGGCUGACCAGUUUGUGUUCCCCUGCAAGGACCUGUGGGUGCCGGUGGCCGUCGUCAACGGGAAUGUGCAUAUCUUGCCGGGCGUGCCGCGAUUAUUCACCCAGCUACUAGAGGGCCUCACCCCUCGUAUUCUGCCGCGGCUGCCCGACCCUGAGGGGAAAGGAAUAGUGCGUGUGAGCAUUGCCACGCCGCUGCCUGAGAGCGAGGUCGCCGAGUAUCUGACUGAGCUGGCUGCGCGCGUCGGGUCGGAGGGCGUCAAGGUCGGCAGCUAUCCACGCUGGGGCAAGAAGAAGAAUACCGUGACGUUGGUGGGGAGAAACAAGGCAUUUCUUGAGAGCAUCACGCCCGAGGUGCUGGUGUAUGUUAAAGGGACGCUGCUACAAUCCGGGGAAGAAAAUGACACAGGUGACGAGAAGGAAGACGGCAAGGCGGAUAACGGGAAUGGUGCGGGCGGGGAAACGAAGUAG